CUGCCAAGAUGAACCCGGCAAGCUCCUCCUCCCGGCAGAUGCCCCGCCUUGGUGCCGGGAUUUGGACCAAGACCGCGGGGCGGCCAGUUCCAAGCCAGCUCCUGCCAGGCCUUGUGCGUGCAUCCUCGGAACCGUCUUCCGAUCCUCAUCGUUCCGCCCGACUUUAUCACCUGUUUCCCAUCGGCCCCCGCAACCUCAAAAUAUUCCCACUCGCUUUUCGCCAGACGUUUCAAAAUCUCGGAUUCUGAUCCACCAGUGCAUCCGUGCCCAUCUAAAUCAUACUUGAUAAUAACUCGAUCCUAAUUGAUAACCAAACCUGAUAACAGCUCUAUUAUGUUUUUAACUUAUGGUACUUCACGAUAGCCAUAACCUUAUUUCAAAUUGAUUCCCUGUGGACAGUUCUGUGCUCAGUUAUUAGAAUCUCUUCAUAGAACUUUCGGUUUUCGUGAUUGUGACUCGUUCUGCUCUUUUUGUGGUUGCUUACGAGGAACUUCGGUCGGUUUCGUGAAUGUCUUUUAUUUUGAUUCAAUCAGCAUGAGGAUUUUGACAAUUGUGUUUCUCAACAAUACAUAACCGCGAAUACCGGCUCGUUCGAAGCGGCAAGUGUGUCAAACACAACUUUCUUGCAUACUACUUAGGGAACUUAAGUGCAGUGCAAGGUACGCCAAAAACCGUCUCUCCAUGACUCACUCGUGACUAGAAUAAGAAGAAAUGCUGCUCAGAUAGCCACCUAGGAGGAUUUAAGAAAAAUGACCGGUAGCAUUGACGAGAAUGGCGUAGACAAAAGUGGUGGUGAAGAAGAUGACUCGAUGGAGGAAGAAGCAGAGGUGUCCAGUGAAACCUCAUUCAAAGAUAAGUUCAACUAUUUCGACUCGCAAAUUCCCGCGGAGCUAGAACUGAGGAACGGCGGCGCGGGCGGCAUUUGGACCAAAGAGAGGCUCCACAGAGGCAUCCGCUACGGACCGUACCCGGGAAUUUUGAGAGAAAGACCCCUGGAACCAAAGUAUGCGUGGGAGGUGCGAGCAGCCGGCAGGAAAGGAUUCUUGGACGCUACCAUAGGCUCACUCACCUGGAUGAAGUACGUCAGAAGCUCAGAUGACGAGAAAGAGCAGAAUGUCCGGGUACACUUCUUUCAGGGCAAGAUAUACUUCAAGAUAGAGCAAGAUUUAGAUAGAGGACACGAAUUGGUGAUGGGCCCAAGGCAUCCUUUACAUUUUGACCUUUGUGGCAAUUUGACCGAAAAUCGUUAUGAUCGGGAAUCAACGUCGCAGCUGUCAAGUGGAACUCUAGAUGAUAGUCGGGAUGAGCAAUUAGAUGACGAGGAAAGCAAUGUUUGCCCUCGCUGUGAAACAACUUUUCCCUCUCUAGAACAGCUCGACGACCACUUGAUCAGCGAGCACAGCUACCCGGCAGAGCAAUACCAGUGCGACUUGUGUCCGCGGAGCUUCUGCUGGCGAGCGUGUUUGACGCGACACCAGAUCCUGCUGCACGGCGAGCAGAAGAAAUUCAACUGCGAGAACUGCAACAAGGACUUCAGCGACCCGAGCAAUCUCCAGCGGCACGUUCGGAUCCACCAUGCCGGCGCCCGCUCCUUCGCCUGUCAAGAGUGCGGCAAGACCUUCACCACCUCUUCCGGCCUCAAGCAGCAUACGCACAUCCACUCGAGCAUUAAACCUUUCCGAUGCGAGGUUUGUUGCAAGGCGUAUACUCAAUUCUCGAAUUUAUGUCGACACAAACGAAUGCAUUCAAACUGUCGGACCCAGAUCAAGUGCACGAGGUGCAACCAAGCUUUCAGCACUGUGAACUCUCUCUCGAAGCACAAGCGAGCCUGCGACAACUCACCGUUGGAAAUCCCACCGGCGUCGGGAAUGAACCCCGGCCACAAACCCAGUGCAAUGACGUGGAUGCCGCUGACCGCGGGUCAGCAGACACCUUCCUUCUUCUACCCGCGACCGCCCACAGCACUUCCAUUGUCGUCACUCCGACAGAUGGAUUUCCCGACAACUUUUCUAACGCCUUACGAGGCUUUCCUUCAAAAUUACUCACGCUUGGGCCCCCCAACAUUUCUACCCGGCUCGUUUUUGUUUGACAACACCCCUUCGAACCAGCUAAACAUUUUAGACGACUCUUCUGACUCGCUGAAACCAAACGGACUAGCUCUGCAAAAUUUUGCGAACUGCCGGCCGAAAGAAUUGAACGAUAUGAAGAAUUCGAAUUCAGACUUGAAACACCAUCACUCGAGAGAGAGCGGUUUUCCUUUCAUGUUACCGUCGAGCAAAGUGUCUCCCUCUACUGGCGAAGAGGCCGGGUCAAGCCAAAGACCGUCCCCGGCCCGACCUCUGGUCAGUAGAUGUAAUUCAACUAGUCCAAGAGAAUUUCAACCAAAACUCGGUGUAAAACCUCCGAUCUUCACCAAAGAUGACGAUGAAACAGCCGAGGAAAGUGAGCUGGAAGGAGAGAAAAGUAGGAAACCAGGCACCAAGCGAGUACAUAGUCUGGUGGAAAGCCACCACAUUUGUGAUCAACCAUUAGACCUAUCCGUCAAAAACAGUUUAGACUUAUCGUUCAAGAAGACACCCAGGCUCGAAGAGCGGCUGGAAACCAAAGAAAGUGAACUUGAUAACAACAAGAGUGCUGAUAAAAUUAAGAGCGAGGAAGACCCUGCCAGUCCACCAGAGAGGAUGGAUGUCUCUGUCUGCGACGAAGGGCUUUCGAGAAGCGACGAUGAGCCCUCUUGGGAAUCUUACAGCUCGAAAAAGCUAAAGGCAGAUCCUGAGAAGACAGACGUGAGCGAUGAUUUGAGAAGCAAGUCGGAACGUCUGUCCGCAAGUGACGAAAGGAGCCCGCGGAAAAGCCCGGACAAGUCUGGUCUGCUUCCACCAAUGGCGUGCCCCAAACCAAAGUACCCCAUGUCUCUGGAGCCUUUCUACCGGCCUCCGUUCUCCAAGAGCAACUUCCUCCACCCACGAUACGACAGCCUCGACUCGAUCAUCAACCAAGAGCGGUUCCUGUCGCAUUUACCAUCGCCGUUCGGUCCUGGGGGCCUCGGGCCGAAGCCUUACCUUCUGGGCUCCUACAUGAACGGACACGGACAAUGGCCUCCACCGGGGAACUUCGGGUCCAGCAAACCUUAUCAGGAGAUCCUUAACCAAAUACCUUCCAACGGUCCUGGAACCAGAUCCAAAGACAAGUACGCGUGUAAGUUCUGCGGCAAGAUCUUCCCGCGUUCUGCGAAUUUGACGCGUCACUUGCGCACACACACCGGGGAGCAGCCGUACAAGUGCAAGUACUGCGAGCGCUCUUUCAGUAUCUCGUCGAAUCUCCAGCGGCAUGUGAGGAAUAUCCACAACAAGGAGAAGCCCUUCAAGUGUCACCUGUGCGACCGGUGCUUCGGGCAGCAGACGAAUCUGGACCGACAUCUGAAGAAGCACGAAGAGGAUAACGAAAGCUGCGUCGUGGCAGUGGCUGAUAGCCCUGGGAGCAGCAAUGAGAACGAGCGAGAGGACGCCUGUUUCGAUGAGAUUCGUACGUUCAUGGGUAAAGUUACGGAUUUUAGGCCGAACGCUUACGUUAAUCCCAUACAGACGGAUCCUUUUUCGCGAGUGCCUGUCACAACCGAAGAGGAGGAAGAGGAGGCUGAAAUCGAUGAGGACAUCUCCGACGUCGGCUCACCCCCUAACUCCACGGCCCAGGACUCACCCAUUUCUCUAAUACACCCCUUCAAGUCCGAGUCGCCACCCGCAUCUUUAAAUUUAAGCCUGCAGACUGAUUACAAAAAAGACGGCAUCUUGAAUAACAACAACACCGAUGCGGAGACCAUUCAAAUCAGUACUUAAUACUAAUUGAUAUAUUUGUUUUGUUUUUGUUUUGUACAAUUUCUCUCUAUCAUGGGUUUUGUUCUGACUCACUUACGUAGUUACUUGUAUUUUUUAUUUCUAGCAAUUUCCGAUGUUAUUAUAAAUAUGUACAUACGUUAAUGUUUUUCUCAAAGGUCAUUUCACUCUUAUCUUAGACUCUUAAUCGGUGACCAUCAUCAUAUUUGUGUUUACCAUUGUGAUCUCGUCAAUCCUGAACUUUUCUAAAAAAAAAACAAUAAUUUUUGAUAAGCAAUAAUUUUUCUUCAAAGUUGGUAUGUAAUUUCCAUGACUGCUGAUAUGUGAGACAAUAAUUCACGCUACGUUCAACUGAUUGUUUUGAGAUAUUACUGAGGGCAAAAGACGCUACACUGUAAAAACACAAAUAAACCAAAUAAAAAAGGCUUGUCAUCUGAAA